CUCAGACCCACGGAGGCAUGUCCCAGAGCAGGUGCGCGCAGGACCACAGCACCACGACACAUCCCAGAGCGCAGCGCGUCCCUCCUGGAGCAGACGGGACAGGACCGAGCGCGCAGUGAGUGAGGACAGACUGCGCACCUGCGGAGAGACCCCACUGCGCCACAACUGCUCCAAAACUGCCCCAAACUGCCCAAAUCCUGCCCCAAUGCCCCGGUUCAGCCUCCCUCGACCGGACCCCGAGCCAAUGACCCCGCCACGAGUCUCCACACAUCAGAAGCUUUGCUGGUUGCUCUCGAGGGGCUUUAUCCACGCCUCGGUCCCGCGGGAUUUUACGCACAAAUAGAAGUUGAGUUGGACGCGCAGCAGCAUGAAGAGGAAAACGCGGCGCUGGAUUUUUCACUUUUUCCUGUGUCUUGGAAUAGUGUAUCUCAAAAUAGGGGGGUUGUCAUCAGUGGUUGCCCUGGGAGCCAGCAUCAUCUGUAACAAAAUCCCCGGCCUGGCUCCGAGACAGAGGACGAUCUGUCAGAGCCGGCCUGAUGCCAUCAUUGUGAUCGGAGAGGGAGUGCAAAUGAGUAUUAACGAGUGCCAGUUUCAGUUCCGCCACAGCCGUUGGAACUGCUCCGCCCUGGGAGAGAGGACGGUGUUCGGCAAAGAGCUUCGAGUGGGCAGUAAAGAGGCGGCGUUUACGUAUGCGCUCAUAUCUGCGGGAGUGGCCCACGCGGUCACAGCGGCCUGCACCCAGGGGGGGAUGAACGGCUGCGGCUGCGACAAGGACAAACAGGGCUUCUACAACCAGGAGGAGGGCUGGAAGUGGGGAGGCUGCUCCGCUGACAUCGACUACGGCCUCAGCUUCUCCAAAGUGUUUGUGGACGCGCGCGAGAUCAAGCAGAACGCACGCACGCUCAUGAAUCUGCACAACAACGAAGUGGGACGGAAGAUGCUGGAGAAGAGCAUGCGUUUGGAGUGUAAGUGUCACGGCGUCUCAGGAUCCUGCACCACUAAGACCUGCUGGACCACGCUCCCGAAGUUCCGUCAGUUGGGAUACAUGCUGAAGGACAAGUACAACCAGGCCGUGCACGUGGAGCCGGUCCGCGCCAGUCGCAACAAAAGACCCACUUUCCUCAAGAUCAAGAAGCCCCACUCUUAUCGAAAACCUCUGGACUCUGAGCUCGUCUACAUCGACAAGUCUCCAAACUACUGCGAGGCCGACCCCCUGAGCGGCAGCAUGGGCACGCAGGGCCGCCUCUGUAAUAAGACGGCUCUGCAGCCCAACAGCUGUGACCUCAUGUGCUGUGGGCGGGGCUACAACACGCACCAGUACUCCCGCGUGUGGCAGUGCAACUGCAAGUUCCUCUGGUGCUGCUACGUCAAGUGUAACACGUGCAGCGAGAGAACUGAGGUCUACACCUGUAAAUAGAAGUAUUUAUUUGUCUACUACACUGUCUCUGUGAGACGAGGCCGGGCGGGCCAGGUGGGUCAGGCGGGCCGGGUGGGCCGCUUUUGCACAGUUUAACCACCACAGCUUCUGAUGAGUCGAUUCAAGCCAGAAAUCAAACCGUUACUGUUCCUGCAUGUGUACUGUAAAUAUACACAUGUACUUACAGUAUACGUGUGUACUGUCAGUAUACACAUGUACUUACAGUAUACGUAUAUACUGUCAGUAUACACAUGUACUUACAGUAUACGUAUAUACUGUCAGUAUACACAUGUACUUACAGUAUACGUGUGUACUGUCAGUAUACACAUGUACUUACAGUAUACAUGUAUACUGUCAGUAUACACAUGUACUUACAGUAUACGUAUAUACUGUCAGUAUACACAUGUACUUACAGUAUACGUAUAUACUGUCAGUAUACACAUGUACUUACAGUAUACAUGUAUACUGUCAGUACACACAUGGACUUACAGUAUACACGUAUAGUAUAAGUACAUAAGUGAGGAGCCUGUCUAAUCCUUCAUAACUGUUUUAAACAGUUGAUUGGAUCCUGGUGCCACAGACCUGCCUGUGUGCAAAAGUCACUAACACCGUGUCACAGAUGAGGUUUAUAUGGCCUCAUGUUGGACUGUAGCUUGUGUUGAUGAGGUCCUCUUGGCCUCAUGUAGUUUGUGUUGAGGUCAGUUUGGCCUCGUGUAGUUUGUGUUGAGGUCAGUUUGGCCUCAUGUAGUUUGUGUUGAGGUCAGUUUGGCCUCGUGUAGUUUGUGUUGAGGUCAGUUUGGCCUCGUGUAGUUUGUGUUGAGGUCAGUUUGGCCUCAUGUAGUUUGCGUUGAGGUCAGUUGAGGGGACAUUUCCUCCGACUUGUUGAUAUUUUACUGAUGCCAAUGGACAUCCUGUGACAGGAGAAAAGUAUUUCAUUUAUAUUUGUAGGUCAGAUGCCACUUCAGCCUCGUCUUUUGGCAAAACUGUGUGAAAUGUUUAUGUCGUAAAUUGUUAUUAUUUAUUGUGUAAAAACUACUGACUAUUUUAAACAUUUCUGUGGGAAAAAUCUGGACUUUAAACGAAGGUUUUUUCCCAUGUUUCUUUAUAAACAUUUGGUUGAUUUGGUGCCACAAAAUUAAAACUAAUCAACUGAUCUCACUGUUUUUAUUGAAAAUUACAACCUGCUGCUAUGUUUGCAGAUAUGUCUCUAAAAGGUUCUGUCCUGUGUCACCUGUGAGUCUCGUUAAGGCCCUUUUCUUUACAUUAUUGGAGUAAAAUCAUUUCCUUUGUCAUUUAUUUACAAAUGAUCGAGGACGUGAGCCCUGAAACUCUCAAACUGACAUGAAAUGGUGAAGUUUGGGCUCAGACUGUUUCCCUCGACAGAUAAACUGCAGAAAUAUUCUAUAUUUUAUACAAAACUAUUGUCAUAUGUCACUCAUCAUUUCCUCUGCUGCUCAAAAGUGAUGGAUUUGUGUUUGGGAAGAAUGUCGUUCAUUUGUUCAGUCAAAAUUAAACUGUCAGAUUUAUUUUUAUUUGCUCAUUUCAUGUGAAACAUUUUAUUUUGUUGAAGUCAAAGACAUUGGAAGUUUGAGUGUUCAUGUUUUCACUUUUUAACCUAAAUAUAAGCCUUAAAAUAACACAUUUAGUUCUAAACCAUAAGUACUUUAUGAACCCAGUGGUUUCUCUGAGGUGUUUCUGUCGUUUAUUUGUUUAUUACAUCAGGUUGAAUCUGUCGCUCUCCCCAGACACAGUCACAUUAUUUUUAUAAAAGUCCUGGUCAGUUUUGGCUCACAGCUAAUUCUUUUGUGCAUGUUGGUUUAUUUUAUUUGAUAGAGUUUAUUUUUAUAUGUUUUAUUUAUUUGAGUGUUUAAGCCUUUAGAAUGUCUCCUGCAGGUCACUGAAGUCAGAUUCACUGUUGUUCUAUCGAUGCAUCAAAGGGAAAGUUCGAUUCAGAGCUGAGGACAGUUAAGUCUUGGACAUAAACUCGGGUUGUCACCGUCUACACUUUGUUUCUCAUCAAAUAAAAAUAAAUGUAC